CAGUGGAGGAGCAUUUAAUGUGAGUAGAGCAGGAGUCAGCCGAGAGUCAGCUCAGCGGAGAAAAGGAGGGAAGCAAGAGUCUGCUUUGGAUAACGAAAUUAACGGACUCUAAGAAUUCAACACACGGCACAGUUUGUAUGUUUCCCUGUGAGAAAGCCAUCAUGAAAUGCCCUCGUUACGAGGCUACCAAGGCCAGCAACAUGGAGAAAGGCUAUGCCGCUGCUGCUGCUGCAGAGUCCAGGGUGCAUCACCUCAAAGCCUCCCCAGUGAAGGAGCCCAUCCCCAUCAAACCUCAGUGUCCACCUGCAGAGGUGACCACAGUGUUGUUCUCUCUCAACAACAACACCAAAACAGUCCAUGGCAAGGAAAACAACACCCGCAGGGAGCAUGACAGGACUCUAGAUGAAAGGUUUGAGGACAGUGGUUAUCUGUCUCUGCACAAUAGUCAGAUUGAUGAUCAUCAUGUGGAUGAAGACGAUGACCACAUCCAGGAAAAGCCCACAGCAACCCUACUGCCAUCUGCGGCUGCCACAGAUCAAGAAAGGACAUUAUCACCUAGGAAGUCCCCCUCUAAAUGUCAAGGGAGGUUACGCUCUAGCAAUGCAGUGUCUGUGGUGGCAGCCUCUACCCCUGUGCAUCAUCACAAGACGAGAACAGCAGCAUACUCGCUGUCAUCCACCCCGUCCGACCAUCACAGCGACCCCAACCUGCCUAUACUGAAAUUCCAGCAGGCUGUGUGUGAUGAGCUUGCCAAGAGCUACCAGAAGAAUAAGAGGUAUGACUGGAGCAUCGUUACAAAGUUAGCAGAGGAUCAUCUCUUGGAUCGGGUGAUCGGAGGUCAGAUGGGCCUGGAGUACGUUGACAUGUUCUCUAGUCUUCUGUCCAGGAACAUGAGAAACAUCCUGACCAACAUCCUGGCCCUGCUGGGAGACAUGGACCUCAUCAGCUGUAAGAAAGUGAGCAAGACAUGGAGGAAGAUCAUCUGUGAGGACACAGCAGCUCUGAGCAGGUGUCAAAGAGCUGAGCAGACACUCAGGGAGUCGAGGAGCUCUCUGAGACAAAGGAGCUGUGGUCUGACACGAGAUGUAGCUGUGUCCAGAGUGGUGCUGUCCUGCAUGCAGACCCUGGCCACCUCAAGCACUCCUUCGUCUUCCUCUUCCUCUUCCUCGUCCACCCCGGGCUGCAGGGUCAACAGACGGACAACUCCCGCUCAAAAGAGCAGCACACGGAACACUCAGUGCACACGCUUCAAUGAAUACAUGCAGGCCGCCAGCUGUCUGAAGCAGCACGAGUCUCUGCGUCCCUGCAAGCGCUGCGGCUCGCCAGCAAAACAUUUGGCCGAGGUUCAGAGGGCCACGUGCACGCGCCCCAGCUGUCUGUUUGACUUCUGCACCCACUGCCAGGAGGCUUUCCACGGCUCGACCCCCUGCAGAGUGCUGCAGCCCCGUCCUCAUUUCGCCACCCCCAGGACGACCCCGAUUAUACCAGGUAGCGCUCGCAGCAAGAGGAACAUCAGGCGCCUGUGAUGGAGCUUUGUUGAGGUUUUAUCCACUGACUGUUUUAACUGGGUGGGUCACGUCUCUCUGGACUCUCAGCCGCUGGCUCCCUCAAGAGCUCGGACAGCGGGGAAUGUUUUUACUCUGGUUCGGGCUGGAGUGGUUUCUGUAUGUUGUAUGCUGUUUGACACAUGCAGAACUCUCGACUGAAUCAACUUACUGAAGCACUUGUUACAACACUGCUGGGACAAUCAACCAGGAAGUGUCAUCUGGCUGAAACUGUUGUCGUCUGUGAGCGACAAACACAUUUGAUGCCAAAAAAGAAAAGAAAUGCAGACUGAUUUGCUUUAAAUUGUACAGUUUUAUUAUGUUUUAAAAUGAAAUGGAUGUAAAUAUAUUGUAUUGUCAUUUUUAAAUAGUUUUCUAAGUGUUUUAAAUAAAUGUUGAUUCUCAAGAGGUCUUUAAAUGUUGAUAUUUACUGUAUUUGUACAUCCUGUGAAUAGACGUUUCA